UACAAAAAGACACCGCAGAGAGAAACAGUUGGUGGGUUGUUCCGCUAUGGUUCACAGGCCAGAACGGUAGUAGUCACAUGGUCUGGUACUUGGCAUUCUGGGAAACAAACAGAGCGGUGUCUGGUGUAUGAAGAGCAUUCAGCCUCCACAGACGGUACUAUUGUGGCCAAAACAACAAAUAAGACGCAGCUGGCUAUCAGACUGACGGCGGCGCUCCGGUUGUCACUUUGCCCCGGGAAGAAUACCGGUGAAAGCGCCCGUUGGAAAGGAUUUACGGGACUUUGUACAGGCAAGCAGCUAGCCAAGUGGAGUCAAUCUCAGUGGACUAGCAACUCGUUGCAAGGUUUUACGCCAAAUAGGACAGACGAGUCGCAGAAGUUGGAGUCUUGCACGGAUUUAUCUCUGGACCGUUUCGUAAUGAUACGAAUUGUAGGCUUGAUCUGAUGUUUUUAGCAAUACCGUGACUUUCUGGUCAGUUUGUUGCCUUUCCUCGGCUUGCCAGAUUUCCAUCGACCGAUUCUUUUGAACGCAGGGAUUUUGUGACGAUACCUGCCGUGAGUAAUUUAUGGCGUUUUCCUCCUAUUCGAGGCGAUGUGAAAACGUUUUUCAUAAGUCAUUGGACUGGCAUGUCUCCCAAUUGGUGUACCCAAGAUAAAGAACUGUCACACUGGACGAUACUUCUUAUAAUGGCAACCCAGAUUGGAAUAAUUUCCUUUUGAAGCCCAUGUAAACAGUUGUCCUCUGUGCUGAGAAAUAGAAAUGGGUCCCCAACACAGAAGACAUCGAUAACCAUUCUCACUGUCAGCACGUUACCCUAAUUAUCUUUCUCAGUUGUCAUUAUUUAUGUUCAAGCGUCGUCGUUUCUUCAAGGGAAACGGUGACAUUCAAGUUACAACGCACUUCUUCAAUCUGAGCACCACCAGUCAGAGCGACAGUCCAUCUUCCUGAGACUCCGUUGUAGGGCAACCAUGUGGGGCGCAGGGUCGACACCAUCCCUCCAUGUCGUCCUAAAGGUCCUGAAACACGCUGCGGUCAAAGGACAAAUCCAGCUGAACCGCUGGCUCCAGAGAUCCUCCCCGGACGAGUGCAAUAAAAUUGACAUCCUGAUAUGCAACGCCUUUGACGAGAGAGGAGGCGCCGUUGGCAAGUCUGACGGAGACCUGGAGAGCAUCAUUGACACUGGCAUGUCCUUCACCGGUGGCGGCGCCACCAACGGAGAGUUCAGACACCCGUGUUGUAUUACCACGUGUUGCUUCAAGAGCGCCCUCAUGGCAUGCAUUCUGACAGCUGUCUGCUUCUCCUCCGUGGCUCUAGUCAGACAGCACCUCAAGGACCUUCUGCUCUGGGUGGAGAGCUUGGACAGCCUGGUUGGAGCCAUGCUGUUCAUAGUUGGUCUGAUCAUUGUGUCCUUCCCGUUCGGCUGGGGUUACAUGGUGCUGAACGUGGCUGCGGGGUACCUCUAUGGCUUUGUGCUGGGUAUGGGACUGGUGAUGGUCGGGGUGCUCGUUGGGACCUUCGUGGCUCACCUGGUGUGUAAGAGACUGUUGACGGACUGGGUGGUCAACAAGGUGGGGAACUCUGAGCAGCUCAGUGCUGUGAAACGGGUGGUGGAGGGGGGGAGUGGACUCAAAGUGGUGGCCUUAGCGAGACUCACGCCCAUACCGUUUGGACUCCAGAAUGCAGUGUUUUCAAUCACAGACGUGUCGUUGCCAAACUACCUGGUGGCGUCGUCAGUAGGCCUGCUGCCCACACAGCUUCUAAACUCCUACCUGGGCACCACGCUGCGCACCAUGGAGGACGUCAUCGCAGAACAGAGCGUCAGCGGAUACUUUGUCUUCAGCCUGCAGAUCAUCAUCAGUAUAGGCCUGAUGUUCUACGUGGUCCAUCGGGCCCAGGUGGAGCUGAAUGCGGCCAUCGCUGCCUGUCAGAUGGAGCUGAAGACAUCACACAUGAACGGCACUUCCACCAAUCACAGCGGCUUCACCUACUGCAGCAAGAGGGCGUCGGCCGGGGGUGGGAUCAUCAACGUGGUCUGAUAAAUGUCUCAAAACCCUGAUUGGACACGAGCGACCGGGAUCGAACUGAACACUGAUUGGCCAGUGGAGCAGUUCUGGUAUCUGAUAGGAACUGCCUUCCACGGUGAGGAGUCGGGAGUGAAGAGGACCUACCAAAUAGGGGUGCUGAUUGUGUGGAUCUAUGGGGCUUGUAGCUGCAGCUGAGGGGUGUUUAGGCAGGUACGGUGGUGUUAGCAUCAUGGACUAUGCAGCACAGCUCAACCAUUCAGAUGUCAAUGAGAUCAAUGGGUUCUGUUCUACAGUGUGGGACCAGGGGCUAUGCUAUAUGUUCAACUCAUUUCCAAUGGUUCAGCGGUACAGUACAGUACGGGGGCUUUUCUAUUGAUUUUGUCCUUUUCACUACCAGCGUUCCCCCAAACCCCAAGGGGGGGGGCACGAUUUGGUUUUUUGCCCUAGCACUACA